AUGGUUGCGGAGAUCAUUCCCCUUGAUCAUCUUGUGCCCCGCCUGACGGCAGUGUAUGCGAUUCCUGGUGAUGCGGAGGGACCUGUCCCUCCGAGCAUUAAGGUGGCGCUUGGUUCUGAGGCUAGGAGGAUAGCGAUUGCUGCAUGGAAGGAAGAGGAGAUUAGCCUAAUAGGGGCACCGAGGGAAACAGGCGCGUGGGUAAGGGCGGCUAUUGCUGGCAGGUUGGAUGAGUUGGUAAAGAGGCCGUACUCUAUAGGCACGACCUUUCACACCACUCAGCUGAUAACUGGACAUCGCUGCUUCCCUUCGUACCUUUUUAGAAUAGGGAAAGCGGCAUCUGCGCAGUGCUUUUACUGCGGAACAAAUGUAGAUGAUGCAGAUCACAUUCUGGUUGACUGCCCUGCGUGGGUGAAUGUGCGGGACGGUCUUGUCAGGGAAUUGGAUGUGGUGCGG